CCUCUUGAGCGAGACGCCGCCGAGCAGUGACGGCGCCUCGCCGGAGACCCCUGGGGCGCGGCGCGGCGGCAGGCCCCGCAGAAAUUCCGACCCUUCGGUUGAGUUCGAGUGGCUGGGGCUGGGGACCGACAAGGAUGCCGUCAGGAGGGCGCGCAACCGCGAGGCGCAGCUGAGGUUCAGGGAGAGGCAGAAGAAGAAGAUCGAGGACCUGGAGGCGGCCAUCAAGGCGCUGCUGGAUAAG